ACAAGGGCCCUUUUUGUGUGGAGGAUCAUCAGACUCACAUGGUUUAGAGUGAGGGUUCGCAGGACAGUGUUCAGAGGAGGACAGAACAGAGGAGUGCCUUGAACGCUAAAACUACACAACCCUGUUUGUGGUCUAGGUAGGUGGGCACAGGAACCAUGGAAAACAGCAAGACGGAAGAACAAAACCAGGAAAUGGAGGAGGCCAACCUAGAGAUUGCUCAGCUGCAGUCCUUGGUGGCAGAGCUGCGUACAUUGCUGCAGGGGGUGUUACAGGACAUGGCUGUGCUGCAGCAGAGGGACAGCAGUCUGGAAGAGAGGGCUCAUGCACACCAGAGAGACCUGGAUGACAGGAUCAUGGGAAUCAGGAACUCCCUCAACACGUUUAAGGAGGACCUGAGCAGUGCUCUAACCCAGAUCAAAGAGGUUAGCAGCAGACAGAAAGAGCUACAGGAAGGCCUGGAGUUCCUCCAAUCAGAGACCGGCAGAGAGAUCCGGCCCGUUCAACAGAGAAAAAGCUCCAAAGGGGACUGCCAUGGGGAGGGCCAUGAGUGUCUCUCCAACCAGACAGAGCUCAACGUCAUCCAGCAUUACUUUGCCAGCCUGCCCAGCAUCUCUCCACACAGGAGCAUAGCCUCGACACAGACCUCUAACUCAGAGCAGGAGGCAGCCAGUGGCCUGCCCCAGAGGGGUCAGUCGAAGUCUCCAGUGUGGACAGAAUCGAAAGAGAGCCGGGACGACACGGAUGCACAGAGUGCCUCAGAAAACAAUAAGAGGCAGAUGGCUGCCCUGGAGCUGUUGGAGUCAGAGAGGGUGUAUGUGUCGUACCUGUCUCUCCUGCUGAAAGCCAACAUCACCUUCAACAGCACAGAGGACCUCCACACCAAAGACAAACGGCCAUUCCCCAGUUCUCUACGUUUCCUCAUCCAGCAACACCUGGAGCUGCUUCACACUCUGCAGGAGAGGGUGCUCAAGCGCCAGUGGCAGGGCAUCAUGGGAGAUGUAUUCAUGAGGCUCACCAGCAAAGAGAGUGAUUUCCUGGACUUCUACGUGUCGUAUCUGAAGGAGCUGCCUGAAUGUCUGUCUGUGGUCAACAUGUUGACCACCACCUCACUAAAAGCAGCCGGCCUGUUUGAGGGUGACAUCAACGGGGACGAGACGACACGCCCCUCUCUCCACACUCUGCUUCUCCAGCCAGUACAAAGGAUCCCUGUGUACCUUCAGCUGCUGCAGAGCCUGUUGAAGCAGACGGAUGCAGAGCACCCUGACUACUACCUGCUGCUGGUGUGUAUCCAGCAGGUCAGAGCCUUCACCACCCAGUACGCCCACCUACUGCAGCACGACAAAGAGCUGCUCCUGCACAACCGCAAAGAGCUCAAGAGGUCAACUAUGAAGCAGUUCUUCAAAAAUGUGGACUGUGGUAACGUUAUGCAAGCCAAUGAGAUGGGCUCCCCUUACCCCACCAGCAACGCAAUACUAGAGCAUGCCAACCAGGUGAAACGCAGCAAGCAGAGGCACCUGGAGCAGAUCCAGUCUAGACGCUUCCAGGACUGGGAGAGCGAGGCCCACCACUCCGACUCCCCCAUCCCAUUUUUCUCCCCUGACACCAACCCUCGCCUCAAACCCCCAGGCCUGCAGAGUAUCCCUGAGAUGGGGUCAUCAGAGCAGCUGCCCGGCAAACGGCUGACCCCGGGCUCAGCCCUGUCCGAUGCCCAAGGGGAGUUCCUUCGCCCUGGGGACCCUCCGGGCUUGGAGGGGCUGUAUGAGGAUGCGGACUCGUCCCUCCACAACGUGUCCCUGUUCGACCACUACUCCAGUGCUUCGUCUGACUCUAGUAUCGACAUCGCCUUUGUGCGCUGCCCUAAGAGCCAUCAGGCUGUUCGCGAGGUCUACAACAGCGGGGGCAGCCGGGGGAGCAGGUACAAGCAGCUGCCUGGCCGGGAUUGCGUGUCGCCAGAUGAGGCCCAAAUGAUGCAAGCUCACCACCACCGCCCCCUGCAGGCCGCUCAGCGUAAGAGCAAGUCCCUGAACGGGUUGCAGCUGGACAGCACUGUGAGUGGGGACAGUGGCCCCGGACAUCUGUCUGACCAGCCGAGGUGCCACGGGGCCCACCAACAUGCCAAGCUGGAGAGGCAGUCCAGUAAUAAAUAUCACCCACGCAGCAGCAAGGGCCAGAGCAGCAACAACAGCCCCAUCAGCCCCCUGCAGCACAGAGCAGAGCCAGAAAGACAGGUAGCAGCCACUGACAAGGAGCUGCAUAACAACAACCACAACAAGGACUCUGGGAGCCCACCCUGGGGGGAGGAGCCAAGAUGGAAGGCUGAGGCGAAUAACCACACCCCCUUCAGUGAGAGGAGCCGGAAACAGGAGAAGGGAGGCUUCCGUAGCUCCUUCAAGAAGCUCUUCAAGAAAAAGUCGGGGGGAGGAGAGAAGGACAAAGACAAGACGGACAGCCAGAACUCCAGUGAUCACGAGGCAGGCAAGACCCCAAGAGUCGCCCACCUAGGCAUCGAACGUGGGACUGCCGUGUGAAAAGUGUUACUAAAGCGUCACCAGCAGAGAAACACAUUGCUCUGAGCAAGGCUUCAAAUAGGUGCCAGUGAAAUUCUAGGGUAUAUAGACAGUGUACAAAGCAUUAGGAACACCUGCUCUUUCCAUGACAGACUGAGCAGGUGAAAGCUAUGAUCCCUUAUUGAUGUCACUUGUCAAAUCCACUUCAAUCAGUGUAGAUGAAGGGGAGGAGACAGGUUAAAUGAUUUUUAAGCCUUGAGACAUGGAUUGUGUGUGUGCCAUUCAGAGGGUGAAUGGGCAAGACAAAAGAUUUAAGUGCCUUUGAAUGGAGUAUGGUAGGUGCCAGGCGCUAAACUGCAGCGCUGCUGGGUUUUUCACACCCAACAGUUUCCCAUGUGUAUUAAGAAUGGUCCACCAGCCAAAAGACAUCCACUGUGGGAAGCAUUGGAGUCAACAUGGGCCAGCAUCCCUGAGGAAUGCUUCCAACACCUUGUAGAGUCCAUGCCCCGACAAAUUCAUUCUGUUUUGAGGUCAAAAUGGGUGCCCCCCAAAAUUAAGGUGUUCCUAAUGUUUUGUACACUCAGUGUACAGUGCAAUACAAUAUAUUUCUAUGUACACUGC